AAGGAGCGCCCGUGCUCCACGUCCAGCACGGGGCGCGGGAACUGGGGUCGCAAGAGCCAGGCUGACGUGGGGCUGAGAAGGACCGGGGGUGCGGGAGGGAGGCGCCCGAGGGUGAAGAUGGCGGACCUGCACCCGAGGCAGCGGCGCACAGACCUUGGCGCCAGCGUCGGGGCAGAAUGGGAGGGAUGAAGCUGCCUGGAGGGGAGCUGUGGGGGCUUAGAGCUGGCAGCCAGGCUGGGGCCUGAGUUAGGAUGCUGGGGAAAAGUUGUACGUUGGAAACGGGUCUGGGAAGGAAUUGUGGAUCGGAUGUUGAUUUUGUUACCCACGCUUCUCCAGGAGGAGGACCAGGAGAGGAAAUAGAGACAUACUCAUCAGUGUCUAAAAUGCUGUGAGAAUUGUCAGGGAAAGUAGCGAGGAAAAGAUGUUAGAGCAAGAAGAAAAUGGUUUCUUUGACAUGCCAGAUUAUGAACAUACAGAAGAUGAAACUUUUCCUCCCUUCCCACCUCCAGCCUCUCCAGAGAGAGAUCGUGCAGAAGCUGAACCUGAUGAAGAAUCAGGGAGUGGAGCACCUGUUCCUGUGCCGCCAAAGAGAACAGUUAAAAGGAAUCUACCCAAGUUAGAUGCCACUAGAUUAACUUCUGAGAGAGGGCUUCCAGCCUUAAGGCAUGUAUUUGAUAAGGUAAAAUUCAAGGGGAAAGGCCAUGAGGCUGAAGACUUGAAAACGCUAAUCAGACACAUGGAGCACUGGGCACAUAGGCUAUUCCCCAAACUGCAGUUUGAAGAUUUUAUUGACAGAGUUGAAAACCUAGGAAAUAAAAAGGAGGUUCAGACCUGUUUAAAACGAAUUCGACUUGAUCUCCCUAUUGUACAUGAAGAUUUUGUUAACAAUAAUGAUGAAGUUGAGGAAACUAACAACCUCGAUGCAACUAUUGCUGGAUUUGAUCCCUUUGUGACAAGUUCAUCUGACAGCAAGAAUUUGGCUUCUGAAUCAAGUAGAAGCCUAACAGAAGAGCAGCAACAGAGAAUUGAGAGAAAUAAACAGCUGGCCUUGGAAAGAAGGCAGGCAAAGCUACUGAGUAAUAGCCAGUCCCUAGAAAAUGACGUGUUAAUGAGUACAUCCUGGGCACAGACAGUUGAGAGCAGUAUUGGUGAGGAUCAAGAGGAGUCAAAUGGAUUAAACACAGACACUGCAAAUGGUCCACCUGAUGUUCCUUCUGCCAGUACAAAUGAAGAGGAACAGUUCAAAGCAGAGGAAACACAGCUGGACCAUAGUAACUCCGACUAAUCCAGAAAUGUUACAAGUAGCCAGCCCUCCACAACAGACUCCUGCAAAUUUGGAGUCAUUUGUAAUUUUUUUUCUACUUUGUGUCACAAGACUUCUGUGGAUUCCUCCUUAAAAUACAGUGACUUUAUAAUUGUGUUUCCUAUUUUAGUAAGUCUAUUCUUUUUGGUGUUGUGUAUAAAUCUGCCUUUUUAAGUUA